UUGAAUUACGUACGCAGCAGUGUGUGCGAAAAAGGAGUAUCAAAUGCUACUUUGGUGUGCAGUGUACGCUGGAACCUUCACUGGUAAAAUUCAUUGCGAGUUCAAGUUAAAUAGGCACAAUAUUGAACUUUAUUUACCAACUGGUUUAUUUUUUUUACAGACUCUGAACUGGAUUACUCACUCGUAUCAAUGACGUGAUGUUUAAGAGACUAUUCAUGCCCUUUGGAAGAAGCAGUUCAGCGCGGACUUCGAACAUGAGUUGGUGUCCACAAUAUACAGGCAGACUGUAACAUUUCAAGUGGAUUCUAAGUUCAAUGCAUCGGAGCCUAACGUCCACCUGAAAUAAGGAUUUUGCGCAUUUUAUCACGACUGUUUUUGAGUCUGCUGCUACACUGAUGGAGUAGGCUACUUUGGAGGCACGCAAAAUCUUUCCUGUCAAAGCGUUUUUUUUAAUAGUCGAUAAAAAUUAAAUGGAUUUAUUUAUAGACAACGGUUUCACCAUACAAAGAAGACACAGUUGCACCAACUGGACAAAACAGAUGUUUACUGAAGAAGCAAGAACAAAAGGGUCACAUUUAUUGUAGUCUGCUUGUUAAAUGUGCAUCAACAACCGCAAAACGCACUCCAGCGCACGGGUUCGUGGGUGAAGACUCCACUUGUUACCGGAUUCAACAUUAUUUUCUGACCAGUAACAAGAAACUUGUUCUAUCAAUGCGUUUAAACGUGCGCAUAUCCUACCUUACAAAUAUAUUCGACACCGGUAAGGUGAUGAGAUAAAGAAUCCAGAACAUUGACUCACCUGCAAGAUACUCUUGUUCUGCUUGCAUAGCCUACACGAAACAGGGGAAAAUAGGAUUUCAUAUUAUAUUCAUUGCUGGUUAAUAUUUUGCUAUCGUCAACGUGGUUUUACGCAUAAUCUAGGCUAGGCUACAUGCGACACUAGUGAAUGGGAUCUAGAAUUGUGCGAAAUUUACACUGUAUCAACAUUUUCGAAUGAUUUCAUCGUGCCGUUGACUAAUUUGCCUGACUGAAUAAACGUGGAAAUGGCAGGCUCCGGUUCCAAUUGGAAGUACUACCUUUGGAUUUUGACAGUCUUGUGCAGGUCGCUGUUGCCCUUUGCCAAAUCGUUGGAAUCGGUGAUUUGGAACUCGCAAAACCCCAAAUUUCAGUAUGGGAAGGGCUUGGUGAUCUACCCAGAGAUAGGGGACAAGCUGGACAUUAUCUGCCCAAAGGCAGACAUGGGGCGGCCAUAUGAGUUUUACAAACUGUACCUGGUGAAGAAGGACCAGGCAGACCAGUGCAGCACGGUCAUGGACCCCAAUGUGUUGGUCAACUGCAAUAAACCUGAGAAGGACAUCAAAUUCACCAUCAAGUUUCAGGAGUUCAGUCCAAACUACAUGGGCCUGGAGUUCAAAAAGAACAUCAACUACUUCAUCACAUCCACGUCGAAUGGGACCCUGGAGGGUCUAGAGAACAGGGAAGGAGGGGUCUGCAACACCCUCUCCAUGAAGAUCGUCAUGAAAGUGGGCCAGGACCCAAACACAGUUGUACCAGACCCAGUUAUAACAGACAAGCCAAGUGAAGACCAGGACAACACUGUGAAGGAGACAACCACCAGCCCAAAUAAGAAAAAGGGUGGCAGUGGUGGGGCUGUGGAGCCAGGCAACAAAGACACCAUGAACCAGGACAACAAGUCCAACUCAGCAGAGGGUAUUUUUGCCUCCAAGCCAGCGCUGUUUGCUGCCAUCGGGGCGGGAUGCGUCAUCUUCCUGCUGAUCAUCAUCAUCCUCAUCGUCCUGCUGAUCAAGCUGAGGAAGAGGAACCGCAAGCACACCCAGCAGCGGACCACCGCUCUGUCACUCAGCACACUGGCCAGCCCCAAGUGCUCUGGGAAUGCUGGCUCAGAACCCAGUGACAUCAUCAUCCCUCUACGGACUACAGAAAACAACUACUGUCCCCAUUACGAGAAGGUGAGCGGGGACUACGGCCAUCCGGUUUAUAUAGUCCAGGAGAUGCCCCCGCAAAGCCCAGCCAACAUCUACUACAAGGUCUGAGGCAAAGACUAUCUUUAGGAUGUUUGCUUGUAGGGGAGAAUUCUGGCCUACCUUUUACUACCUUGUCCAUCUGAUGUUCAAAAACACUUUUGAUGUUCAAAAUAACAUCACAAGAACAGAAAUGAAAAACAGGUCGUCAUGGACACGGUAGUUGAAUAAUUGUUUGUUUCCAGAUAAGCCAAAGGGCAGGUUUUGGAGGGUUUGUGUCGUCUUCUCUUCCUGCUUCUUGCUAGAAAUUGAAUUCACCCAAGUUUUGCUAUUCUGUGUCUGAGAGGACUGUAAGAUGGUCAAGCCUAUGGAGUAGAGAAGCCUUUGCUCUGACAAUGGAGACAAGUUGCAAACAGGGUAUACUACACAAACAAAGGACCCUGCGAUAGGGCUGUCACUCAUGGUCUCCAUUCCUGUAAUGAAGCCUCCAUGGUUUGCUCAGAGACAGAAAAAGGCACAGUGUGAUGAUAUAGCAUAACACACUUCCCUUUAAUAUGUUUUACCUGCACUAUUCUUUUUUAUCAGUCACCUACAGUAGCUCCCUCUUCACCAAUGUCUGAUCCUUCAACGUUGUUUAUUUUCUACUGUAUAUCUAGUUAAUACAUACAAUAUUAUGGUAAAUAUUAAUAUUUUUCAGGUGUCCUUUAGUGAUACUUUGCCACUCUUUCUCUUAUAUAUAUAUAUGUAUGUAUAUAUAUAUAUGUAUGUAUAUAUAUAUAUAUAUAUAUAUAUAUAUAUAUAUAUAUAUAUAUAUAUAUAUAUAUACAUACACACACACACACACACACACACACACAGUACCAGUCAAAGGUUUGGACACACCUUCGCAUUCCAGGGUUUUUCUUUAUUUUUUACUAUUUUCUACAUUGUAGGAUAAUAGUAAAGACAUCAAAACUAUGAAAUAACACAUAUGGAAUCAUGUAGUAACCAAAAAAUGGUUAAGCAAAUAAAAAUAUAUUUUCUUCAAAGUAGCCACCCUUUGCCUUGAUGACAGUUUUGCACACUCUUGGCAUUCUCUCAACCAGCUACACCUGGAAUGCUUUUCCAACUGUCUUGAAGGAGUUCCCAUAUAUGCUGAGCACUUGUUGGCUGCUUUUCCUUCACUCUGCAGUCUAACUCAUCCCAAACCUUCUCAAUUGGGUUGAGGUUGGGUGGUUGUGCAGGACAGGUAAUCUAAUACAGCACUCCAUCACUCUCCUUCUUAGUCAAAUGGCCCUUACACAGCCUGGAGGUGUUUUAGGUCAUUGUCCUGUUGAAAACAUUUUUUUGUUUACUACAUGAUUCCAUAUGUGUUAUUUCAUAGUUUUGAUGUCUACUAUUAUUCUACAAUAUAUAAGAUUUAAAAAAUUAAGAAAAACCCUUGAAUGAGUAGUUGUGUCCAAACUUUUGACUGGUACUGUAUAUAAAAAAAACACAUCGAUCUAGGUGACAUACUUGUGUUAAAUAAGUGUCUCCUCUUCUACUUCUCUAAGCUUGUCUGAACAGGCAAAGUCAGUUAUGCAACUGUGGGGGGGAAAAACGAGCAACGAAGGUGCCUCACCCUGGAUAUAAAUUAAUGAAAAACAAAUAGCUCAUACUCAAUCAUGGUGAGAGGCCAUCAUGACUGAAAUAAAAGAAAACAAAGGUUGUUUCAAAUUGACAGGUCACUUCUGUAUCUAAAGAGCCUCAAGGGGUUUUGCUCCUCUUAAAUUAGGCCUGAGUUUUCCCUUCAGUGAAAAAGAAUAACAAGAUCUGAUUUGUAUGAGCAGAAAAAGUGUGGGCACAAUUAAGAUGUUAUCAAACCUUUCACUCCCACCUAAAGGUCGUGCUCUCAGAAGAAUUGGAUGGCUUUGGAGGGAAUGAGUUGUGUUCACCAAAUGGUAUGACAUUUGUAGUGUUAGUUCUGCACCCGGAGACAAUGGAAUGGAUAGGGAUGUUGCUAAGGAUGGUUUUAUUGUUUUCCACAUUCCCUUUUGGGUCUGAAUUCAUUCAUAGUCACAUACUGUAGACAUUGUGCCUGGAUCAGUCAUGUGCUCAGAAUGAGAAGUGGGUGCAGGUAAUGUCAAUCAUGUGUGUUGUGCAUCUCAAUAAAAGCUAGUUUCAGGAGAAUAAAUGAUAAUAGAAAGAGUUUGGCAACCAGCUCCAGUCCCUAUUCUCCUCAGCUGUGCGAUGGUGGUAAAACCAAACCUUUCAAAAUCACUUAGCGCAGAUGAGGCACAGAGUAGACACUUAAAGUAAAUAAUGAUUCUACAUUACACAUUGUUGUACAAACAUAAUUGCAAUACAGUACAUUUUUAUCUUAAACUAUUCCUGCUCAUGAAAAGGCUUUUUUAAUUCCUAAAGAGUUGUUACCACCGCAACGGGGUGGCGCUUAAACAUCUCUGGUGUCUUCAGGAGGACAACUAAUGACUUACAAUUCCUAUCACAUGGCAACCUCAAAGACCAGGGAAGAUUACACUGGUACCAAAUAGUUUUCAACAUGAAUCAUUACACAUACAGUAUUUUCUGUGUCAAUAUCUUAUCUCCAUGUUCUGAAGUUGGUCCCGUUGUUUAGUUGUGUGUGUUUAUUGUGACAGAAGAUAGGUAAUGUCCUGUAUUUACAGUAGAGGUUUUCUGGCAUAUUUUUAAUGUUGAUAACAUUGACAUUAUUUAAAGUUAUUAAGAAGUAUAGCAGCAAGAGCAGGACAUGUGCGACCAGUUUGUUGGCAUUGUUUCAGAUAAUUAAGGUGCCACCAACCUCCUGUGCUGUACACAGACAUAUUUGUUUGCUUUGAGGGCUAUAGCAGACUGCCUGUUCUUUUAUAACAACAACAAAAUGUUUCCCCCCCCCAGUCUGGAUUUAUGUUGAUACAUUCACAUUUGUUUGGCUUAAAAAGGGCCUAGAAAAAAUGUACUAUUGCCUUCCUAGUGUCUUGUACAUUGUCACCUACAUUGAAAAAAUACAUUGUUUACAACAUAUGCAAAAUGACUGUAAUCAUGAUUUGGCAUUACAUUUUUUAAACAUAUUUUGUUCAAUACUGUAACUAAGUUUUAUCGAAGGCACAACUCAAUAAGUGAUAAAAAAAAAUAAACCUCAGAUAAAGUCAAUGACAAACUGGUGACCAACAGAAUCCAAAUUCUUCAGAUAUUGAACAAACAUUGUGUGGUUGUUGUGUGUGGUUUGUCAUUGGGUAAAGGUAUAGUUGAAUACAAGGAUAAUCGUCAAAAUGUUGAAGGAUAAUGUCUACACCACUGUAUGGUCUUCAAUUAACACUACCACAAACACCCUGUGGUCCUAGAAGUGACAUCCAUUUACUGCUUGUUUAUUAUUGUUUGGUUAGUUCAGUGGCCUAAAAUAAUGUAAAUAUGUGAAAAAAUUCAAUUUAAAAGUUACAUUUAAUAGAGCCCCAUUUAUGAACAUAUUUGUUUUUUUGUAUGCAGAAUUUUGUAAAUAGGUGUCUUUUUGGAAAUACAUUUCAUAUAAAUCUUGAUUUUUUUUUUUUUUUAAUAGACAAUAAUAGAUGACACAUCUCUUAGAGCCAGUGUUUAAGUGUCAGGCAUUGCAAGGAGAGAAGAAAAUCGUAUCAUGGUUCACCACAUACAUUCAGCAUGAGAGAUUUUUACCCCCUCAGUUUCAUUCUAGCUGUCCCAGAUUGUUUGUUUGUGGGUGCUGGAUUGGGAACCUAGAGAAGGGCUAGACACUCUACUAUACAUGUAAUCGAUUUUCUCUGUGACAGUCACCCCUUGAAAUCAAUGGAACUGUUAGUGAACGUAAAACAGGGGAGGGUCAGCAACCAGUUAAAUAUCUGAUGCCUUGAUCAAGAUAAAUCUUAGUAUAAUAACAUACUCCAAAGGUAAAUAAAUAAACCCAUGCUGAUUUAAAAUAGUCUGAUGGACAGAACAUUAUUCCAGGCAUCUUUUUGGCAGUAUAUUAUUCUGGGCAAGUUUCCCUAAACUCUGAAUUUUCUCACAGACCAAGGAUACAGUCAUUCCAUCUCUAGUUGUGAGAGUCCAAGGGGGAGCAGCAUGCUUGGAGCUCUGCUGAGCUUGCGACUUUAGGAAAUAAAUAAGGCCAGCAUACAUGGCUCGAUCUCACUCCUUUGUCAGCCCUCAAGGUGAAAUGGAGAUGCUCUCUUGACCUUUGCAGAUUAGCACAAUAUUAUCUCUGGCUCUCUCUAAUGAUAAAGCAGCUCAAGCCCCAGACAUUUCUUCAGCUAUCAGCCGCCACACAGCCAAGUUCAGCCAGACUCUGCUGUGCUGUGUGUGGUGGGCAGGCCGCUCACAAAGGAAAAAUAUUCCAGCAGUGAUUAGCGACAUGAUAGCGGAAGUACAGUAUAUGAACUUAUACAGCUCCAUGCUAUUGGAGUAUUAAUACAGUGUUUUGGUUUUCCUGCUCAACACAGUUUAAACAGUACUGGCUUGUUCAGUUUGACUGGUUGCUCACUUUCCCUGCUCUGUCAUUAUUGUCAUUGUUUUAUUUCUGUUCAUGAUACAGUAUUAUUUUCAAUGUACAUGUAUGCAAUCCCAGUGCAUUUGUGUUUUUUGUAUCUGCUCCAUGUUCAUAUUUCGCCUUUCAUUCACACGCAGCUUCAACCCGUGUUCAACAUAACCAGUUACUAUGGAAUGGAUAUUCCAUGAGCCAAGUUUGAAAUCCUGAUAUUGCAUAUUGAUAAAUAAAUUUUUCCUAUGGAA